AUGAAGCAACAACAGGAAGUAAUCCUGAGACAGACCCAACAACGCCCGCUGAUUGAGAACCGAGGGUGUUCCUACGAGAAGUUCCUAAUAUAUAGAUACCCCAAUUUCAUGGGAACUGAGGGACCCAUGAAAGCUAACAAGUGGCUAUUAGAUCUCGACAGGACCUUCAAGAUCAGCAGUUGUACUGAGGAACAGAAGAGGUUUAAGGAGGAAUUUGACAAUCGUUUCUUUCCAGAGUCAAUGAAGACCCAUAAGGCCCAGGAGUUUGCUACAUUGGUACAAGGCAAUCUCACUAUUGAGCAGUAUGCUGCGAAGUUUAUGGAGCUGGGAAGGUUUGCCCCACACUUGAUUGCUAUUGAGAAAAUGCAGGCCCAUAAGUUUCAAGCAGGGCUGAAUCCUAGAAUUCGCAGUUAUGUGGCUGGAUUCCGUAUCCACAACUUCCAAGAGUUGGUUAAUGUGGCUGCAAUAGCAGAGGUAGAAUAG